UCUAAUUAAAAGAGUCUUUUGGCAAUACCUCAUUGAAUUGCGAAAUUUGUAAUAUUACACGGUUGCGUUUCGAUUAGAAUAGUUGAUAAAUAUUUCGUGAAAGUAUCAAGACACGAUAUAUUGCAGCUACGUAUCUAGAGACGUAUCUAUUAGUGUAGAGACUUUAUGCACUCGAGAGAAACGAUCUUUACCGGCCUUCGACUUCCUCUUCCCGUAACUGGCUAUAAUGGCGUCUGGAACUCUGUACACCUACCCGGAAAACUUCAGAGCCUACAAGGUGCUGAUUGCGGCUCAAUACUCCGGCGCUCAGGUCAAGAUCGCAGAUGAUUUUGUCUUCGGUGAAACGAACAAAUCUGAAUCAUUCUUAAAGAAAUUUCCAUUGGGAAAGGUUCCAGCAUUCGAAACUGGUGAUGGAAAAUGUAUCACAGAGAGUAAUGCGAUUGCGUAUUAUGUGGCUAAUGAUCAGUUAAGAGGUAAAACUGAUUUGGAACGUGCAGAAAUUAUUCAAUGGUUUGGAUUUGCUGAUUCUGAAAUUCUUCCCGCUAGUUGUGCAUGGGUAUUUCCGUUACUCGGUAUUAUGCCAUAUAAUAAACAGACAGUGGAACAUGCCAAGGACGAUGUAAAGAAAGCACUGACUGCUCUUAAUUCUCACCUACUUACAUGUACUUAUUUAGUCGGGGAACGAAUGACUUUAGCCGACAUAAGCGUAGCCAUGACGUUACUCCAUUUGUACCAGUAUAUACUUGAACCAAAUCUACGCAAACCGUACCAGAACGUAAAUCGAUGGUUUCAAACUGUUAUUCAUCAGCCUGAAUCAAUAGCUGUGAUCGGUGCUUUCAAAUUGGCUGAAAAAACUCUCGAAUACGAUCCAAAGAAGUUUGCAGAAACUCAAGGAAAACCUGUAAAGAAAGAAAAAAAGGAAAAAGAAUCUAAAAAGGAACCAAAGGAAGCAAAAGAAUCCAAGAAAGAAGUGGACAAGGUCGAAGAACUGGAUCCAGUCGAGGCCGCUUUAGCUGCUGAACCCAAAAAUAAGAAUCCCUUUGACACCUUGCCCAAAGGCACUUUCGAUCUCGACGAUUUUAAGAGAUUUUAUUCUAACGAGGAUGAAGCAAAAUCUAUACCCUAUUUUUGGGAAAAGUUCGAUCCAGAACAUUACAGUAUCUGGCUUGGCGAAUACAAGUACAAUUCCGAGUUAACAAAGGUUUUCAUGUCUUGCAAUCUAAUAAGUGGUAUGUAUCAACGACUAGACAAAAUGCGGAAGGCAGCGUUCGCCAGCGCUUGUCUGUUCGGCACAGAUAACGAUAGUAGUAUCAGUGGUAUUUGGGUUUGGUGCGGACAAGAGCUCGCAUUCACGCUGUCCCCUGAUUGGCAAGUAGAUUAUGAAUCGUAUAGUUGGACCAAGUUAGACGCAAGUAAAGAAGAAACGAAACAGUUGGUUCAACAAUAUUUCAGCUGGACUGGUACCGAUAAAGAAGGACGCAAAUUUAAUCAGGGAAAAAUUUUCAAGUAAAAUUUUGCCAUAUGCUUACUAUUAAACAGAACACUUUAUUCGCAUAAAAUAAACGUAAAAAAACUGAUUAAAUAUCAUCGAACUUUACAAAAUACCUUUAGAAUCCUGUAUUUAAUAGGGUGUUUUUUUCUUUUUCAUAAAUGUUCCUUUUCGCAGAUCUCUGUUGUAUAACUCGAUGCUUUUACCUUUAAGUUUACCGUGUCACGUUUGAAAUGCUGCUCCGAAGCUAGUUUUAUUAUACCUUUCUGCGUAUGUGUAUAGUUCGCGAAUUGUGGUAUUUGGAAUUCGUUUGAAUAUCGGUCAAAUACCACAGUAUGAACAAGAGAUAAGAUUUUAAUUUUUAACAGAAUAAAAGAUGUGAUAAUUACUUUGAUAUUCGCGCUCGUAGAAAUUUCUAUUUCACGUACACGUGUUAAAUUAUUUAAUUUAUACACCGUUUUAAACUGUCAUAACUAUUGUAAUACAAAUAAUUCGAUAGAUGUAAGAAAUAAGAUUACUUUAUUCGUCUGUUACUGGUUUAAUAAACAAAAGCAUAUAUCAUAAUUUGUAAUUUAAACAUUAAGAUAAAAAAAAAAACGUGAAAUUACGAAUGCAUCGUAGCGCCUAUAUUUAAGUCCACUGCUACGCAUAUUACAAUUCGUUC